AUGCUGCCGGCGACUGGCUCUGUCCAACCGGUGACGACCUCUUCACUUGAUCACUCUGGCGGUUCUGCGGGCAGUGGCGGAGGCCGACAGAGGUUGUGCUCUCAAUGUGGAAAAACCGAACAUCUCGCGGCCAGUUGUUUUGAGGUUAUCGGCUUCCCGGAGUGGUACCCCCGUGGUGGUGGUGGCCGUCGUGGUGGACGGCGCGGACGCGGUGGCCGUAGCGGCAGGGCUCCUGUGCAAGCUAAUGUUGCCGCCGCGGCUGUCCAGGUUGGGGCCAAUUCAAAUGUGGGUCUGGCUUCUUCCGAUUGUGUUCUCAGUGGAUUGACGGAUGAACAAUGGACUCAACUUAAACCGCUCCACCUCACAACGAUCCAUAGGGACUCCGGCUGCGAGGCACAAGAACGCCUUCGCCGGAGCCUUGGGAGGCCUGCUGGGAAAGGCGACGCGAUUAGAUUAAAAGGCGAGAAAAGGGAUUAG